UUUCCGUCACAACUCCUCAGGCCUCAUGUUCUCCUCAUGUCCGUCAGUCACUUAGUAGUGCCUUGGAUUUUUAUAAAUUAAAAUUGUAGAAUCUCCGUUUGAUCUCCAUUGCACACAGCAUUCUAUUACAUUUAUAAUGGCCAGUCUAAGAAACACCUCUGGUGCAUCAGACUACAACUGCCCUCGAACACAUGCAACCGGAGAUGGACGCGCAACCAGGCUCUAGUCAGCCUAUGCUUCUUGGCGCGUUUUCUCCUUCUAAUACGACUAACUUUCCUGCACGGCAUCGUCCCAGUUCUCCUCGUCCGGCAACGCGACAUCGUCAACAUCCAUAUAUGCCAACACAUGAGAAGGAGCCAUCGGCCCAGAGGUUGCCUACCCGCCAGAGGAGGGAGCAUUGGCAAGGUCUCCAAACCAUACCACCUAAUGACACACUUGAAGGCAAACUAGCGCAUUCUAGUACUACAACGGCCUCUGCUGCUGGUUCAGCAGGUGUCCAGCAGGCCAGGGGAACUUCCCAGCAACCCCAGCCACAGUCAGCCAGUUCCGCUCUAAGUUUAGGAAUGAACCCUGGAGUUAGCGCUUGUUUGACCGCAGAUCGGCGAAGCGCCAAUCGUGUGGCUCCGGAUGAGCACCGGGUGCCAACUACUGGUAUCAGCGUGGUUCCAGCACCACAGGGACCAUACAAGAUGCCCAACGGGAUUCCACACCCGCAACUGACUGAGAAGAAGUCAACGAUACAGUCAGGACCUAUUCUACCGCCAACUCAGGAGCAGCUCGCACACGCAAAUGACGUGAUCAAGAAUCUGAAACAAGUUUACUCAGCAAAACUACCGACGAUGCAACUGCACGCAUUGUCAGACGACCACCGAAUGGAGUACAACAGGCUACUAGAGCAGGUUCACAAGAUGGCUCAGGACCUCGAUGUCAAGCUACCAAUGUACUGGAUUGUUUUGAGAUCGGAUAAUAUGAUCCGCAAUCUCGUCGCAAUCGUAUCAUUGGUGGCACAUCAAAGGGCUAGUCGUUUGACAGAGUCACACCUGGUCAUAAUCGAUCUCUCCGCAUUAAAGAGUAUGCAUAGUUUACUACAGAAGGCUAUCGUGCAAUUCGAACAAAGGCAUCAGACGAUGGAAGCCGCCGUCACGCCGCAACAAAUGGGUGAUGAAGUUCUUGGCCUUCUCUUAAAUCGACCAUCCUCCCCACCUACUGCGCUCAACGUCACAUCCACUCAGCCUAUUCCCCUGAUCCCCAUCCCAGACUUAACUGGACUCAUCACCCGAUGCAGCAAAGACCCCGUUUCUGGCGGUACAUACGGAAAUAUCUACAAAUGUAUAUACCAUGGGCCAGAGGGCGAUGUAGACGUCGCCGUCAAAGCAAUUCGACCGCACUUCUUCACUGCUGAGGUAUUUCGGAAAGAGCUCGGAAUUUGGAAGAGGUUGCAACAUUCUAAUAUCUUGAAGUUCAUUGGUACUACUUCGGAUUUUGGCCCCUCUGUAGCUCUUGUUGCUCCGUGGAUACUCAACGGCACUCUAACGUCGUUCCUCAACGAGCAAAACGAGACCCUCACGCCGCAUGACCGUCUUCUUCUGCUCCGCGACGUAGCCGCUGGCCUCAAAUAUCUUCAUACAUUUCGCGUCACUAUAGACGGACACACACACCCCAACCCAGUCGUCCACGGAGACCUCACCGGUACCAACGUCCUUAUCGGUAGCGAUAACACUGCAUAUCUUGCAGACUUUGGGCUAUCAGGAACCUUGACUAAAUUGCCCGGGAUGACGUACCUCGCGAAGAUGAGCUGUCGUCCAGGAGCAGUGAGGUGGUCAGCUCCUGAACUUCUAUCUGAGGAAGAAUCAGGCUCUGCAAUCACUGCUCAGAGUGACAUCUACUCCUUUGGUAGUAUCAUACUUCAAGUCCUGACGGGAAAAGUACCCUGGUCACACUUGAGCCGUGAAGCCGCGAUCUUGGGGAAAGUGAUCAUUGAGGGGGAAAUACAUCCUCGUCCAGACGAUGAUCGUGUUACCGACCAGCGAUGGAAUUUCAUGACCCGUUGCUGGUCCAAGACGCCCAUCGAUCGGCCUUCUGCCAAGGAAGCACUUCAAUUUAUUGAAAGCGAACUGGCUUUGUACGAUUGAUGUAAUUUAAUAUCCAGUACCGUGUUGUGAUAUGUACCACAUGUACAUACAGUGGAUCUGUUGGUGCAGAUUGGCGUCAUCGUUGUACGCGCGGUUUCGAUAUUUUCCGCCCCCACGUCGAUGAU